AAUGUGUCGUCACGAGCCGCAGGGUUUAAUUUGGAUUUGUUUGUGCAUGUUUUUUUAAUUCUCAUAGAUGGUGUUACCGUUUCAAUGCAUUAUAUGACUGACAGACCGCAAUGGUUGGAGUUAAAAAUCAUCAUUUGUGUUCUACUGAAGAAACAAAGUCACCUACAUCUUGGAUGCCCUGGGGGUCCCAGCACUGUGGAUUCUUCCUCAGUUUGUUGACCUUCACCUCAAAAUCAAAUGCAGAAGAGCAUUUGAAAUAUUGAACCAGUGAUUUUGUUCUGGUGAAGGUUGAAUUGGGUGGUUGUGUGAUAUCUGGGGCCACAUGACGGUCCAGGCUGGAAGGAUAGAGGUGGCGCUAGUUGACUUUGACAGUAUGGAGAAUACUGAAAACGGUGUGGACAACUUCAAUGACCCAGACUAUCCCAAUGAGAUGACGGCUUUGACGGUAGAAAUGCCAGAGUUUGGGCCUGGCAGCACCUACUGCAAUGCUGCAAAAGUGUCACCGUUUAAAGAGAAGACCCCACAAAAUCGGGAUGUACCGCAAUCACCUAUCCUUCCCCCUCACACGAGGAGAGGACGUGCUAGCUGUGCUAGUCUAAUUUCCAACUGGAAAUUACUUGUGAACAGCGAAGGAACACAAAGCGAGACAAUCUUCAGUAGACUGGCCAAAGAAUGCUACGAGGACUUGUUUGUUGAUAAGCGAGUCCUUGAUGAUGGUGAUCAGAAGGUCAUCAUUAACAUCGCUGGUCUUCGCUUCGAAACCCGCCUGAGGACCCUCAACCAGUUCCCUGACACUCUUCUGGGAGACCCAAUGAAAAGAAUGGGCUUUUUUGACCCGAUGAGAAACGAGUACUUCUUUGACCGCAAUCGUCCAAGCUUUGAUGGGAUCCUGUACUACUAUCAGUCGGGGGGCAAGAUUCGCCGGCCUGCGAAUGUACCUUUAGAUGUCUUCGCAGAUGAGAUCAUUUUCUACGAGUUAGGACAGGAAGCCAUGGACCAGUUCCGCGAGGAGGAAGGCUUUAUCAAAGAUGUGGAGAUCCCGUUGCCGUCCAAUGAGUUCCACAGGCAGUUCUGGCUGCUUUUUGAAUAUCCCGAGAGCUCAAACGCAGCCCGAGGGGUUGCUCUUGUGUCCAUCUUCGUCAUUGUCAUCUCCAUUAUCAUAUUCUGCUUGGAGACUCUCCCAGAAUUCCGUGAGGACCUGGAGAUUUUUCCAACUGCUGGUUUUUCCCUCAACCAAACACAUCCCUCGGGUUCUCCUCCAAGCGCCUCUCCCAAAACCAUCACCAGCACCUUCUCCGACCCCUUCUUCAUCAUAGAGACCGCUUGCAUUAUCUGGUUCUUCUUCGAGCUCUUGGUGCGUUUCCUGGUCUGCCCCAGCAAGCGAGAAUUUUUCAACAACAUCAUGAACAUGAUUGACAUCGUCUCCAUUAUUCCCUAUUUUGUCACUUUGAUAACUGAGAUCGUGACUACCACCAAUAAGUCCAACACAGGGCAGAACAUGUCCCUGGCCAUCCUGCGAAUCAUUAGACUGGUGCGAGUCUUCAGGAUCUUCAAGCUUUCCAGACACUCCAAAGGGCUGCAGAUCCUGGGCCAGACGCUCAAGGCCAGCAUGAGGGAACUUGGGCUGCUCAUCUUCUUUCUCUUCAUCGGCGUCAUUCUCUUCUCCAGCGCCAUCUAUUUUGCUGAGGUGGACGACCCCAACACCCAGUUUGUUAGCAUCCCUGAUGGAUUCUGGUGGGCAGUAGUUACCAUGACCACUGUGGGUUAUGGGGACAUGUGUCCCAUUACACUAGGCGGUAAGAUUGUGGGCACUCUAUGUGCCAUUGCUGGGGUGUUGACCAUCGCCCUGCCAGUGCCUGUAAUAGUCUCAAAUUUCAACUACUUUUACCAUAGAGAGACAGAGCAGGAGGACAAGCAACCCAUAGUUGAGACAACCGAUCAAGGUUUAAAAUCAGGGAACAAUGCAAAACAUGAAAGUAGUUCCUCUCUGAACAAGGCAAAUGGGAAAUAUUAAAACCCAUAUCGAAACUAUAGAGGGCGCAGCAGGAUAAGAAAUCUUUGGAGUCCAUAUUUACGCUCCAUAUCCGACAGUAAAUGACAAACAAUUGCAUACUCCGAGAGUGCUCCACAAGAUAUGUUUGAUUAUACCAUCUGGAUGCUCAAUAUUCAUUGGAUGAAUGCGCAUUUUAAACAGCUUAUUGUACACGUAAGUUAAUCACCGUUCUAAACUAAUGCGCUGCUGCAUUGUCAGACACACACACAUACAGACAGUAGCACGUACAUCAUGUGCAGAUCGCGCACACACAGAAUCAUUCAGUAGCACAGAAAUGGACUGUCAACACUGUUCUGUGAUUUAUCAAUACAAUAGCUUAGAAACUGAAAAGUUCUAGCAUAUAUUCUUUAGUAACUAAAACCCACAGCUUCACUAUUAGUAGAGAGAUGCUGCCAGGUAGAAUUAAUUCACAUGCAAUCACUCUCUCAAUAAUGCAUUCAUAUAAAUGUAACCUUACUGUGCUAAUUUAUCUCUAUCUGAUUUAGAACGAAAUCUGUGAGAGAUAUAAUGACCCAAAGACAAAAUAACUUAUUAAAAUAAGCUGUUAUGUAGGAGCAAUCAUAUGCCAUAGCUGUGCACAAGGCAACCCACGUUCGAGUCUUAGCUCGAGGUUCAGGAUUAUUUGUUCAUUAAUGACGUCAUCAGCGUGUAGUUGUCGUCGACUCGACAUUCAUCACAUAAAGUCUUUUACAGUUAAAUGCUGUACAACAAGGAUUUCUAAGAUGUAUAAACGAAUAUUUUACAAUUUAAAUAAUACAUUUUUCAGUAAUACUUUUUUGUCAUGCAGAAAAAUGUAUUACUGAAAAAUGUAUUAUUCAAAUUGUAAAAUUAGAAUUAUGGAAUAACUGUAAUGCAAAUUAUUUAAAAAAAAAUGUUAAUGGUGUUAAAAUAGGCAUCAUUUCCCUAAAGCGAAAAAAGUCUAUAUUUUUCUAUUUAUUUUGUGGUGAAAUAUGAUUCAGUCAGGUUCUUCGCAGGUUUUGUGAGAUUCAGCCAAUGAGUUUCAUUUUUAGUGCUUCAGUGUUUGCUAGAUUUAUGGGGGGAACAGAUUGUUAUAAAAGUUACCUAACUUGAAUGAAAUGAAUGAGAUAACAGUUUCUCUGAAAACAUAAGUAACAUAAACUAGAUUUUUGUUAGAUUUUCAUCCGUGCAUAAUCCUAUUAUUAAAUAAUUAAACAACUUAAACCAUCUCAUAAUCUCAUAAACCUACCACAUCCGGUCCACUAUGUGUAAUUAAAAAUUACAGAAUCACUCUAAAAUUAAAUGACAACUGCACUAUCAUCAAGUGCAUUUGGGUGGCUUAAUGUUUCCACCAGCAAACUACCGUUUUGGGUAACUUGCAAAACAACGCCUUUAACAUUAAUCUCUAACACCAUUCUCAUAUUAUUCUCUCUGUGAAUGUGUUUUCUAAUAUAAUUCCAAAUUACGUAAUGCAUUUCAUAUUUUUAUCAUUUUGUAUUUAAAAUGAUAAUCAUGGUUUGUUGUGGCACUUUAGAGGAAGCUCAGCCAAUGAAGAGGAGAAUUGUAUUUAGAGUUUUCCACUUACAGUCCAUAUUCAUUUCUAUGAGCAUAACAGUGCCUUUCACUCAAAUGGAAUAAACCAGGUUUUAUAUUGAGUGGAAUUGAUUUCCUCUUAUUAAUGAGAAAUGUUGUCUUGAGUUGAAAGAAAUGGACCUAUCAGUCUUGUUCUCUCUGAUUAUCACUUUCUCUGAAUCAACAGUUGCCUCAAGAAAGGUUCGAGAAAUAGAAUUUUCUUUGAGGAAAAAAAGCGAGAUAAAGACAUUGACUCUUGGAUCAUUUUGCUUAAUAAUAAGUGAAAAUAAAUAGUGUUUUGUUGGAAAGAGGAUCAGGGAGCUAUGAGCCAAGGUCUCACUGUAUUAUACCAAGUUGUUUUUCAUUUAUGGGAAUCUUGGUGAGCUGUUUCCCAAGACAUAUUUGAUAUAAACACAUAUUUUCAUUGUGUUUUUUGGUGUUAAUAACUGCUGCUAUUUUAUACUUACCUAAAGUUAUGUCAUUGUAGUAUGAAGGAGAAGUAGUGUGCUAUUUCUGUUUUAGGUGCAGGAAGGAAUUAUUAAGUAGCUAAUUGUUGUCAUUGUUAAUCUGACAUUUUAUUUGCACAUUUUGCCUCUAUAAUGAUGGUUCUUUACAGACUAACUGAACGUUGUGGUGGUUGUGCUAGAGAAUGAAUUGUACAUUUGAACGAAAACUUUUAUUCUAGAAUUAGAAUUCUAAUGAGAACAUUCAAAGCCUUCAAAAAUAUUAAAAAUGAACUUCAGGAACUUGAAUAUCAUGUGCUUAGCCUGACAACUGAUCAUAGUUGGUUGUACAUUUAUGACUGUAAAUACUGUAAGUGACAACAUAAAGCCAUUUAAUGUGUUAAUAACUGUGUUAUUACUGUAUGUAUUAAAAUUCUAUAUUAUGUACUUGUUGAAGUGUAUGGCAUGAAACACAUCUCAGUGAAAUGAAUCACAGCUUGCUGUUGUGAUCACUUCAAAACUUGUCAUUAGAGAUUUGAAUUUAUCAGCUGAAAUAGUGAAUUGUUUUUUUUUUUGUUUGUUUGUUUGUUUUUUUCAUGCCAACAGUGACUAAGGCUAAAAAUGUCAUGUCCCUUUUAAUGUUAUCAACGCAAUAGACCAGUUAUUUUUUAUUUUUUUUUUCUCUUAGAUUUUCAUAAUUUUGCAGGAAAGCAAAGACUUUGCCGAUAAACACUGAAUUAUUCAAAUCGCAUUUUAAGCAAAAUAUGGAAAUUGUCCUGCAGCGUGACUGUCCUCAACAUGAACUGCAAUAUACAAAAACCUAUUAAAAUUAAUAACGUGGAAAGGAAUACAAUUAAAAGAU